CAUCACAACAGUGCGAGUGAACGCCUCCCUCUCGUGCGCUGCGCGACUGUGGGCUGGUGCUCAAAACAAAAGCAGACGCAAAGCCCGUGGAAUUAAUCCAACACAAAUGCAAAGCAACAUUCAUCUCUUGCGCGUUCAAAUGAAGCUGUACGCCCGGCCGCGCGCACGUUUUUGUUCGGGUGCGAGUGUUUUCAGUGGGUAUGAGGUGGCAUAGCGAAUACGGGGUCUUUGUAAAUGAAUAAGAGAUGAACGCGGCUGGAUCCACACUGGCACACCGCGCGCACGGACGCAGACCGACACUGCGCAGUAAAUAUCAGCUGGGCUGGGUUCGGGCUGGUUCGGUUGGGUCGUCGUUCCGUUGAGACGGAAGGUUUAGGUAGAAGUGGAGGAAGGAGCGCGCCUGACCCGAACUGAGGCCCUCAGCUGCGCACAUCAGCUGUUCCGAGCAUUCCUGUGUGUUUAUUUGAGCUUUCUCAAUUCAUCAUCACAUUUAUUUGACGGUAUCCUCCAUUUGCGCCUGCUGGUAUAUGUGCAAUUAACCAAACCCCAGCGUGGAAUCAAACCAUCUCCUGGACCUGAAGGCAAAGCGGAGAUCAGAUUCCUUACAUCACAUAUCCAGUUCUUAUUCCCCUCUUGGGUAGUACAAAUGGACAGGAAAAAUCCACCCUGCAUUAAACAACAGGAAGUAGUAAUGCCCAUAGCAGAUGAAAUGGACAGAAACCGUUGUGAUACUGAGAAAUAUGUUAUAUUCAGUUCAUUUUUGUUUUUCAGUGCUUUAAUCCCUCUGAGACUCUAAAUAUGGACCUUUGAGAGGUAUCCGGCAGCCUUUCUUUUUCUUUUCUGGUUUGGAUGCUUAUUUGAUACCUCAACGGCAUAAACUCAAGCCUGUUGGGUAUUUUAGAAGUGGGUUAUGUAAUUGUCUUUUUAGAUGCCAAACCCCAGAGAACUCGGAGAAGGAGAAAACCUCAUCAGCUAGUGCUGUGAGUGGGUUUGUCGGCCCUUUUGGGCCUAAACCCAAACCUCAGCUUUUUUUUUUUUUCUUUUUCUUUUUUUUUUUUAAGGCCGUUUGGCACCCAGGAAUGAUCUUUGAAUAUGGACUUUUGAAAGAUCUGACUGGCAUUAGAUGUUCUUUCAGUUGAGUUUUGGAGUCCCAGCAAACCCGCGAUCUUCUGGAUUGGAUGUGUUUAAGAUAUCUUGAGGUUGCAAACCCACGAUUGUUAUGAAUUUUGGAAAUCAAAUUUAUAUACUCAUCAUUUUAGAUGCCACUGCCGCUUACAAAGAACUUAAGGAAGGAGAAAACUUCCAUUGACUAGGGACUUUUGGUUCUUAUUGGGCAUGAACCCAUAUCUAACCUUGUUUUAAGGCCAUUUACCACCCAGGAACGAUCUCUGUAUGACUUCCACCAUUCCUCAAAGACUUUGAAAAUGAACUCUUGAGAGAUCUGACUCGCAUUAGAUGCUCUUUGAGUUUUGGAGGCCCAGCAAACCCUCAAUCUUCUGGACUAGAUGUGCUUAAAAUACCUUGAGGUCAUAAACCCAAGAUUGUUAUGAAUUUUUGAGGUCAAAUUAAUAAACUUAUCAUAUUAGAUGCCACCACCAUUUCCAGAGAACUUAAGGAAGAGGAAAACUUCAUCCAACUAGGGCUUCUUGAGCCCAAACCCAAUCUCAACCCCUUCCCUCCCUUUUUGGCCAUUUGGCUCCUAUUUCUUACCUCCAUCUCAUCCCGACCUCCACCAUUCGCCCCUCGCUGGCCACGGCAGUCCUCCCUCCCCGUUCCCGCCCCCACCCUCCCCCUUCUCAUCACCCAACCCCUUCUCAUCACCCAACCCCUUCCCCACACCACACUUCCCACCCCUCCACCCAAGUCACCAUGGCAACCGGCACAACCACCACCGCCCGUGAACAUCUCCUAGUGGUGCGGAGGCGCACCCCGCACAUGCGCUACACGCUGAGCCCGGAAAACCUCCGCAGCCUUUCGUCACAGGGUGGUUCUGGGAAUGCGGGGAGCUCUAGAGGAGGAGCUGCUGAACCGAUGGGCCUGCAGCGAGCCAACAGCGACACCGACCUGGUGACGUCGGAUAGCCGUUCCUCCUUAACAGCCUCUACGUACCAGUUCACACUCGGGCGAGGGCAAAACCUGGUCAUCUCUUGGGACAUCAAGGAGGAGGUGGAUGCCACUGAUUGGAUUGGGCUGUACCAUAUCGAUGAGACGUGUCCCGCUAACGUUUGGGAUUCGAAGAACCGCGGGGUGAACGGCACUCAGAGGGGGCAGAUCGUCUGGAGGCUUGAGGCCGGACCGUACUUCAUGGAGCCUGAGACCAAAAUCUGUUUCAAAUAUUACCAUGGAGUGAGUGGAGCGCUGAGGGCCACAACCCCCUGCAUCACUGUCAGCAACCCUGGAGUCACAGUCGGGACAGAAGGACAGGUGGAUGGACAGUCUGUCACUGAACACUGCAGGAAAUUGGUCAGCUUUACUCUAUCAGAUAUCAGGGCUCAGGGUCUGAAGAAGGGCAUGUUUUUUAAUCCGGACCCCUAUCUGAAGAUGAGUAUCCAACCAGGCAAGAGGCACGGCUUCCCUACAUUCACCCACCACGGCCAAGAGAGACGAACCUCCAUCAUAUCUAACACCACUAACCCUGUGUGGCACGGAGAGAAGUACACUUUUGUUGCACUGAUGACGGACGUUUUGGAAAUUGAGGUCAAGGACAAAUUUGCAAAAAGUCGCCCGAUCAUCAAACGCUUUUUAGGUCAGCUGACAAUGCCGGUGCAGAGACUGCUGGAGAGACAUACAGCGGGUGAUCAACAUGUGAGCUUCACGCUUUGCCGUCGUCUGCCGACAGAACAUGUGAGCGGACAGCUUCACUUCAGGGUGGAGAUCACCUCCAACGGACAUGAAGAUGCAAUGGGGUCUCUGCUGGGAGCCUCCUCUAUGAACGGAGACCCUGGGAGCCCAUCAGAUGACGAAGAUGUUUUGCAUCCUUCCUCCCGCAUGGCCAGGGGCCCCUCACCCACUGGCUCCGAAGGGUCCCUGCACGGUGACGCUUUUAGGACUGAGGAGUGCAUGAUGGAUCCUGAUGAGGAUCGGCUCUUGAGAGACGGACCACCAGAUUCGGCCGAAGUAACCCCGGGCCAUACUCAUCGCCAGGCCUCGCUUAAUGACUACCUGGAUGCCAUUGAGGCCCCUAAGGGCCCCGGAGACAGACCGCUAGGGGCCGCCUCACCUAAACUGCGCUCAAGUUUCCCCACUGACACGCGGCUCAAUGCUAUGCUACAUAUAGACUCUGAUGAAGACGAGGAAGGACACGCCUCCCGGGAAACGGCUUUGACCAAUGGCACUCCGCAGCCUGAUGGACAUACCUCUUCUGAACAGGACAAAGGAGAGGGUCCAGUGAAAGCGAGGGAGAGGCUUGAGUCGGAAGCUGCAAGCAGCACCACAGAUACUGAAGCCACGGCAUCAGGGUCAAGCAGUGGAUCCACAAAGAGCCAAAAUGGAGGCGCUGAGGGCGGCCAAGAAGGAGCUGCUGCCUCUGGAGACUCAACACAAAACACCAGAAGCUCUCACCAGCCCGUUUUCAAAAUACAGGAUGAGGAAGGAGUUGCAUCCAAGGCAGUCACUAGGGAUGAAGGAUCAACAGAGGCUGCUGCGGUCACAGAGCCCUCAACAUCUGGCAGUAAUGCAGCUGGUGAUGGGGGCGGAGCCACAGCAGCUAAACAGCCAGAGCAGGGGAACUCCAGUGAGGCAGCCAAUGAGGAGGAAGAAGAUGCUGAAAUCUGGCAGAGGAGGCAGAGUCUGCAAGCAUCAGGGAAUGCAUCACAGGCUGAAGCGAUGGAAUUAACCAAUGAAGCGAGAGGGGCAGCUGACGCAGCACAGGCUGCCACACUAACAGAUGGAGAGACAGGAGCCUGUGCUCAAGUGAACGGCCAUCAGCCAGUGCGUUCUCUUCCCUCAGUGCGUCACGACAUCAGCCGCUAUCAGAGAGUGGACGAGCCUCUUCCGCCAAACUGGGAAGCUCGUAUUGACAGCCACGGCAGGAUUUUCUAUGUGGAUCAUGUGAACAGAACCACCACCUGGCAGCGGCCCACUGCUCCGGCUGCACCUCAGAUCCUACAGAGAUCCAACUCUAUUCAACAGAUGGAGCAGCUUAACCGAAGGUAUCAGAGUAUUCGGAGGACAAUAACCAAUGAGAGGACAGACGAACAGGCUGCAGAGAUGCCUACAGACGACACUGACCUGCUGCAUCACUCCAUACCUGAGUACCGUCGGGACGGUGUGGUUGGGCCCACUAGCUCUCGCUCCCGGUUGUCUCUGCUGCUUCAGUCCCCCAGCGCCAAGUUUCUCACCAGCCCAGAUUUCUUCACCGUACUGCAUUCCAACCCUAGUGCCUACCGCAUGUUUACAAGUAACACAUGUCUAAAACACAUGAUCAGUAAAGUGCGACGGGACGCGCACCACUUCGAGCGCUACCAGCACAAUCGAGACCUGGUUGCCUUCCUCAACAUGUUCGCCAACAAACAGCUGGAUCUUCCGCGAGGCUGGGAAAUGAAACACGACCACACGGGAAAGCCUUUCUUCGUGGACCAUAACUGCAGGGCCACCACCUUCAUAGACCCACGACUGCCACUUCAGAGCGCCCGACCCAGCAGCCUCCUCGCCCACCGCCAGCACCUCAGCCGCCAGCGCAGCCACAGCGCAGGGGAGGUGGGCGAUGACCCUCGGCAUGCUGGACCCGCUGUACUGCCACGCCCCUCAAACACCUUCACAACCAAUCGCAACCAGUGUCAAGAUUUAGUUCCUGUUGCCUAUAAUGAUAAAAUAGUGGCAUUUUUGCGGCAGCCGAACAUAUUUGAGAUCCUUCAGGAGAGGCAGCCUGAGCUCAUUAGGAAUCACUCACUCAGGGAGAAGGUGCAGUUUAUUCGUAAUGAAGGAGCUUCGGGUUUAGCUCGCCUCUCCAGCGAUGCAGACUUGGUGAUUUUACUCAGCCUGUUUGAAGAGGAAGUGAUGUCGUAUGUGCCACCUCAUGCCUUACUGCACCCCAGCUACUGUCAAUCACCACGAGGGUCUCCGGUCUCCUCCCCUCAGAACUCCCCUGGUACACAGCGAGCCAACGCUCGGGCCCCUGCGCCGUACAAGCGGGACUUUGAAGCCAAACUUCGGAAUUUCUAUCGCAAACUGGAGACGAAAGGCUACGGACAGGGUCCAGGCAAAGUCAAGUUGAUAAUCCGCAGAGAUCAUCUACUGGAGGACGCCUUCAAUCAGAUCAUGUGCUACUCUCGCAAAGAUCUACAGAGAAGUAAACUCUACGUCAGUUUUGUUGGAGAAGAGGGACUGGACUACAGCGGCCCAUCACGAGAGUUUUUCUUUCUGGUGUCACGGGAGCUUUUUAACCCUUACUACGGCCUGUUUGAGUAUUCGGCCAAUGACACCUACACCGUCCAGAUCAGCCCCAUGUCUGCCUUCGUUGACAACCAUCAUGAGUGGUUUCGGUUUAGUGGCCGUAUUCUGGGUCUCGCUCUUAUCCAUCAGUACCUGCUGGAUGCUUUCUUCACACGUCCCUUCUACAAAGGCCUACUGCGAAUUCCGUGUGAUCUGAGUGAUCUGGAGUAUCUUGAUGAGGAGUUUCAUCAGAGUCUCCAGUGGAUGAAGGACAAUGACAUAGAAGAUAUGCUGGACCUGACCUUCACCGUCAACGAAGAGGUGUUCGGACAGAUCACAGAGCGUGAGCUGAAGCCUGGCGGUGCCAAUAUUCCUGUGUCAGAGAAGAAUAAGAAGGAGUACAUCGAGCGCAUGGUGAAGUGGCGUAUAGAGCGGGGUGUCGUCCAACAGACGGAGAGUCUCGUGCGAGGAUUUUAUGAGGUUGUAGAUGCGCGGCUGGUGUCGGUGUUUGACGCGCGAGAGCUGGAGCUGGUGAUCGCCGGAACGGCAGAGAUCGAUCUGGGAGAUUGGAGGAACAACACUGAGUACAGAGGAGGUUACCAUGACAACCACAUCGUGAUUCGCUGGUUCUGGGCGGCAGUGGAGCGAUUCAACAAUGAGCAGAGACUCAGAUUGCUCCAGUUUGUGACCGGGACGUCCAGUAUCCCGUACGAAGGCUUCGCCGCCCUCAGGGGCAGCAACGGACCGCGUCGCUUCUGUGUAGAGAAAUGGGGGAAAAUCUCGUCUCUGCCCAGGGCUCACACAUGUUUCAACCGUCUGGACCUCCCCCCGUAUCCCUCCUUCUCCAUGCUGUACGAGAAGAUGCUGACGGCAGUGGAGGAGACCAGCACUUUCGGUUUGGAGUGAAUGUUGACCUUUGCGCUCUGAGCCGAUCAAAUACAUUCCCGCAACAUGUCUAGAAGAGCAAAGGAAGUAACAGACACCAGAAGCACUUAGACGUAUAUUUUGUACACCGUAUCACUUAAAAAUACUUCCUCGGAAACGCGCAGAACUGAUAGAAGUUCGGAUGUUCUCUGAAUGUUUCCCAGAUGCAAACGUGAUUUUUUUUUUUUUUUUUUUUUUUUUUUUUGUUCCGUCUGUGUGGCGUCACAGCAAAAACUGAUCGGCUCUGGAUGCAUUGAGGAGGAUGUGACCAGCCAAAUGCAAAGCUGAGUUACUUAAAUGAGGAACAAAACAAACCCAAAGGACUUUGAUAUUCUCACUCUUUUUAUCUGUAAAAAAAAAACAAAGAAAAAAAAAAGACUUUUUUACGGAGCAUCAAAAUGCAGCGUGAAUGAACAAAUAUAGUGUUGUGAGCUUUUCCAGACGUCUCAGAUCGCCUCAAGCAAGACACAUGACAGCGCUGCCCUGUAUAUUGAAUUGAAAUGUGUGUUCUCUCUUCUUUUUAUCAUAUUUAUACACGAGUCCAUGUCACAUGUUUGGUUUGAAAGCGUAUUCUGUCCAGCUGUCGUGUCAGAUUUGUGACACUUUUGAAUGAAUUUGGUUGUGCAUGUGCUCUCACACGCAACGUUUUCAAAGGGCAUGUUAUACUGACGCACUACAACAUCAUGAAUGUGACCACUAAAUGAUAGAAAAAUGAUGAUUUUAUGACCUUCUGGCCUUUCCGUUGUCCUCAGAUAACACUGUUUUAUUUCUGAUGACAUUUUGAAAGAGAGAAUGGUCACACAUACCCACUCAACAAGUCAACAUGAAUUUAAAACUGACCCAAAAUGGCUUAUUUCAUGAUGACUUUAUUAUUAUUUCCAUAUCCUCAUAUAGCUUUAGUUUACAUGAAUGUUUGCUGAUGUCAACGCAGCUUUCUUGAAUGUUUUCCCCCCUUUUCCUUUUCAUUUUUGUACUCGCUACUCUCGAGUCUGACCGUGUUUUCUUGUAUGAUUUGCAACUGGAAUAUCAAGCCCACAAAAAACCAUAUCGAUACAUUCCAGACCUUUCCGUUUGCGUUCACUCAACCCAGCCUUUUAUGAAACACUGCCGUGGCUGAGGAACGCUGGAUUGUACUCUAGUUCUGAAUGUUUUGUAACCUGAAUUUUUGUGUAAGAAAUUAAUAUCGCUUCCAGUGAAAACUGGCGUAGUUGAAACUGCCAUGAGGUCCAUCACAUUUUGGAAUAGCAACAGAAGAAAAAUACAAGCAUAUCCUCUUUGUCAAUUCAAUUUUGGCUGGCUAGGUCAUUAAUACAAACCAGAUAGAUUUUUGUUUUUUGUAUUAAGGCUUUUUGCGGUGAUAUUUGUGCUGAAUGUACCAAAGGUUUAGGGCUGCCGUAGACUGUCCCUACCCCACUUCUGUCUAUGUUUUAUUAGAAAUUUUAUUAAAACAAAUAUUAAAAGACAAAUCUUUUUAAUCA